UGGCAGAGUACUGAAAAUGUACCUAGGCACUUGUAUAAUACAAGUCAUACAUGUAUCAGACAAGCACAUACUCUAAUAAUAUAGCGCCAUGCAGCACCGUUAUUGUACCACUAUAUUAGGUUAGGUACUAUAAACACUUCUUCUUACAUAGCACAUCCCAUCCCAUCCCAUCUUACUUAUCUACACUCUAACUAACCCUUACCCACCACCAUCCAUUUAUCCAUAAGAACCCAACCCCAACCAACCAUGCCCUCCGGCCACGUCCAAGCCACCGUCGGCGACACCGUAGUCGCCGAGUCCGAGACCUACGAGCUCGUCGAGGGCAACGUGUACUUCCCGCCGGCGUCCCUCAAGCCCGAGUUCUUCAGCCGGACAGACCUGCACACGCACUGCGGGUGGAAGGGCGACGCGGACUACUACACCAUCAAAGUCGGGGAUACGGAGCUCGCGAAUGCCGCGUGGUUCUACCCCGCGCCGCUUGACAAGGCCAAGCAUAUUAAGGACUAUGUCGCUUUCUAUAAAACUAAAGUAGAUGUGACGGCAGUAUAAAUCAAUAAAUAUCGGCAGUUUUUAUAACGACUUAAACUCUAGUUGCCGGAGAUGAAAUCAAAGUUCCAGUAGUUAGUCCUUAUAGAAACAACAAAUAGGAGACUUACUUUACCAAUAGUAACUCUGCGUAUAAUCACAUAGACCUUAACUCAACUCAAUUAUGUCAUCCAUCACUUACCUCAUACCCUCAAAGUUAGCAAAUCACGAUCACUCGCUUGGUAGUAAAAUUGUGUAUAAAAAUGCUACACCAGAGCUAGCCACAAGAAUCAAAUAGAAU